AUGAUGGGAAACGGAUGCGAGGGAGAAGCGCGCCUCUAUACAAGACGGUCGCGCGUCCAGCUCCACACAAUCGAUUUCGUACUGACACGCGAAUCCUCAUUCCAGGACAGAAAGGUAUUCGUCUCACUCGAUAGGAUUCCGUUCGCGAACAACGGCGGACCUGUGUACGGGUACUCAAACCGGGGCCGAACCGCUGUUUACAAUGAAGAAACUAAAACGAGCAUGACGACGGCAUCAGUCCUAGUGGAGGAGCUGUCGUGUGGUCUCGUAUUUAUCGCAGAUGGCUCGGGAUCGUUCUCCACCUUAUACUUCGUCGAAGCAGUCUUCGCGGAUCCUCCUUCCCAUAUUCUUGCGUCGUGCUCUCAGACAAGGGCGCUUUCUAUCACAUAUCUGGGUCAAGGGCAUCGGCGGAAUGUGUGGUGCUUCAAGCUUUAUUCUGAAGAGCAGCUGCGCUGUAAAUGCAGAACGCUUCGGUACUUGGGCAACGCAAAACUGGGCCUGUCGAGAACGGGUGCAGCAUGUUCCCGCUGCAAACUCGACUCGUCGAUGUUGUUAUUGUGGGUUCUGCCCUGCACCCGAAACUCACGAGCGGCGUCGCAGCUAGGCCCUCAUCUCUGGACCCAUGCAUCGUUGCUCUUGACACGUGCGGGAAACCUUGCAGAUGCUGAGCAUUUUGGGCUCGAUCUCCAGAAUGAGCUGAGAAAGCAGUCGGCGCUCAAAUCCAAUCUGUUCCGUUGCCGUAUCGCCAGUCGCACGGCUCCCGGGACGCAACCCGUCUCUGCAUCGCUUCCAGGCUCGCUUGACGCACUCUGGGCCAGCUACUGGGCUAAUGCUCCAAACACCCGGUGCAUGACCCGCAGACAAGAUAUUGCACAGCGAGCGUGGACGCGUCAUUCUGGCGGCCCGCAGGUGACCUUGGAUCUGGAAGCGCCUUUCUCCAUCUCACGAUGGAUCAUGCCUGAUGUAAAUGAGAACAUUUACGAUGUUGGCGCCUGGGUUCACCAUCGAAAUCACAAUCUCUAG